GAAAUUAAAUUAUUAAACAGUCUAGAUUUCGAUAUUGGUCUGACUGUUUUGGAUUUUCUUUAUCGUUAUUGUGAAACAAUACCAUUGACAUCGGCUCAAUUACGUCUAAUUUUUUUUACUUUACUUUGUUUACUGAUUGAAAAUGAUAUUUAUGUUAAUUAUAAACAAUCAUAUAUAGCUGCUUGUACAUUUACACUUGUCAGAUUACUCAUCGACGAUAAACCAUGGCCUUUGAAAUUAGCAAAACGAACAAAAUAUGAACGAUGCCAUGUGAAUUAUGGUAUGAAAAAAAUUGCUGAAUGUUUAUUGAAAAUCAAUUAUUCAACGUCAAAUAUUCAUCGUCAAUUAAUGAAAAAAUAUCAACGACCAGCACAGCAAUUAAAAAAGCUAAAGAAAAAGUUGAAAGAAAUUAUACAAGAAGAUGAUGAAUAA